AUGUUUGUUAGAUCCACUCGUUGUUUAAAACAACAAGGCCAAAUAGUCAGUAAAAGAUUCAACCACCACGAAGCUUCCCACCAUGCAUCUACUUCUACCAGUGAGGUUAAUAUACCAAAAGCCAUUGGAGGUUUUGUUUUAGCUGGUAUUACCUUAUUUUUCUAUAGAUCACAACAAGAAGAACCUAUUAUCAAGACUCCAUUAUAUAAACAAAGUGAUGAUCGUGAAAUUUUAAGAAAUGAAAAUUAUUUAAGGCGUUAUAAAACUUCGUUUAUUAAAACUUUCAUUAAAGAUAAAGGGGGUAUAGGUUCAAGACAAUUAAAUAGAGAAAAGUUGGGUGGUAUUCCAACCACUUUGAUUCAGUCUCCUUCUGCUUUUGUUCAAGAAUUUGGUGCUGGUAUUAAAACCGAUAAAUUGGGUCCUAGAAGAGAACGUCCUGUUUAUUUUGCUCCUUUGAAAUAA